UCUGACCCGCUGUCAGUUGCCCGAGCCCUGUGCUACGGUUAGGACCGCGUAUAAUCGUCACCUUUUACACGACGACGCGUCGAACUAGCCACGGGCCAUCGCGAACCGAUUCGCGUUGAUCCUCGACGGAAAGCGUCCUUCGCGUCCUCGUUACGAGAUCGGCGAUCGGGUGAGCGAUCGACGGUAAUCGGCAUCCGAGAGCGGCGAAAGGCCAGCUGCGUGCGGGGAGCAGCGAUUAAGAGCGAAUGUGACCAACCGUAAUCCGACCUCCGAGAGAAAUAGCUUUGGCUUUUGUCAUUAAAUCGUCGAUUAUCACGGGCUAUCGGCAAAUUUCCGAACGAGCGUGUACCUCUCGUUGGGAGUCGCGAGUCGCGGAGAAGGGCAGCUCGAUCGAUCUAAGGGCGGGCGUGAUUGGUAAUUCUCUUUUCCUUUUUUUUUUCUCUCCCUUCCUCUUUUGUAUGACGUGGAGAAGUGAUCAUCGGGCUUCGAUUUCCGAAGAGUCGUCCCUCCGCGGGUGGCGCGAACCUGAGAAGCUGUGAGCUGACGACGCGUCCAGGAUGGUCUGGUAGAGGAGAACGGGCAACCCCCUCGUUCGAGAGCGCGAGAAAUGGCGUGCGGCAUAUCGGUCGACGCGGCCGCCACGAGCACGGUGCUUCUCCUGCUGGUACUGCUUCAGGCGGCACUAAUCUGGGAAGAAACUCAUGGCGCUCCAGCGAAGAAGAGCGACAUAGUUGCCGGUUCGGAAUUCCUUUCAGUCUUCAUAAACGGCGCUAUGGCGACACCACCGCAACGACGCCGAGGUUUCCGACCGCGUGGUGGUCAAAACGCGGCUGCGACAGCGAGUGACAGCGCGACCGCCGAAUCGCACCAACACGAGGCCUCGAUCUAUCGAAUAUCUCGGAACCCAAGCGGUGGUCGACCGAUUUCAGUGUCAAGGCCACAGACGAGCGGUCGCGAGGAAAUCGUUCGUUUCUACCCUAUAAAUCAAAAAACGUUGGAAAACCGGCAGCAAAAUUUAGCGUCGUUGAUCGACGAUCUGAGCACGCCGGGCGAUAUAAGCUCGACGCAUCUAACACCUUCGAACGCGGUAACAACGACGAUGACGAGCGUACCAACGUCGAACUAUCAAGAUCGAACAAUCUCAAGGUCAAACGGGACCAAUGGAACUAUCGGCAGAGGUAUUAGCCGGCAGAAGGUGAUCGGUGUCAGCGUCACAUCCACGGUUGAGGCCACGCCGUACAAAGUACGUGUUGAACAUUACGACAGCGCUGACGCUGUGGUAGUUACGCGACCACCAAGUUUGGACUCUACCGUGAAUAGAGAAGUUCCUAAAGAAUCAACCAGGGAAUCAAUUAGAAGUUCGACGAGUACCAGCAGACCGUCGACGUCACUAUCAUCCACGAUGACAACAACAACGACUACAACUACGACGACUACGAUGACGCCACCACCGCCGGGUCGAUUCAUUACCGAAGAGCUUAGCAACAUCGUUUCGGAAUCAAACAGAAGCGAAUUCUCCGUUGAUGAGGACUCACCGAGAACGAGUUGGCGCGGUCGCGUAACCAUGACACCACGAAUUGAGAACAAUCAUCAGGACGAAGAAAUUAAUGAGGCUGGGCGGAUUAUUGAUGUUGAUGCGAUUACUCUACCGAUGGAAGAGAAUUACGAGCUACCCGUAGAGAACUCGGAACGACGAGAGUUGAAUGAGGAAUUGCCAGAGAUGUCAACGGAUCGGCUUCAAGGACGCAAGAUGGGACGUCAUUAUGACGCGUCGCUCUACAACCGAUCGGGCCUAAAGAUGUACAGCCAGUCGUCGAAAGCGUACAAACCUUCACGAACUUACAACGAGCCGCCCAAGGUAUAUAGCGAGCCGGCCAAAGUGUAUGGUGAACCCGAGCGUAUGUAUGGAGAACCAGCUAAAGUGUACAGCGAGCCUGCUAAAAUCUAUAGCGAACCAGCCAAGGUCUAUAGCGAACCUGCGAAAGUUUAUAGCGAGCCGGCCAAAGUCUAUGGCGAGCCGGAAAAAAUCUACUCCGAACCAUCCAAAAUCUAUUCGGAACCAGCUAAAGUCUACUCCGAGCCGGCCAAAAUCUACUCGCAGCCGGCUAAAAUAUAUGGCGAGCCCAGUAAGGUGUACGACUCCGAGGGCCAACCAGUGGAUCGUCAGGAAAGCGUUGAGCCCCACGAGCAGAAUUACGAAAUCGAUGAGUCGGUCAGCGUCGGCAGCAACGGCAAUGUUCACGGGCCGCAAUUGGUUGUCACGGAGGAAACCCCAGGUGCAACGGAAGAUGGUCACAAGGUCGGUUACGUAGUGGAGGGCAGAAAUUAUAGGAAGUACAGGGUUGAGGAGAGAACGCCGGACGGCUUUAUCGUAGGCGAGUAUGGCGUCGUCAGUCACGACGAUGGUUCGCUGCGUGGUGUCAGAUAUACCGCUGAUGGUACCAUCAAUCCCCAACUCAUCUACGACGCCCUGAUGAAGUUCCUCGCAUUGUGAACGCCGUGAUAACGGAAAAAAGUGAAAGGAAGAAAGACGAAUCGACGAAAUCGUUGCGAGAUACCAAGGGAGAUCACGCAACGUUGCUGAACUCAUUUCUUCACCUAUAAUUCAUGCUAUGUU